UCAAAUAUCGAAUUCACAAGUGAAACUCAAACUCUGCCUAUAUAAUGAAAUCAUUAAAUAAAAAAUAUAACUUGGUCGAUUAGGACAGGUCAU